GGGCGCUGUUGAAAAGGAUGGACAGGCCCGCGACGUGAGCGCGAGGUAACACAAUCGAAAUGUGGAUGUCAAGUACCUGGGCGCUUGGAAUUGGCGCUGUGCUGGGGGUCGCGGCGCAAGAUGUGGACUAUUCGCAGUUUGUGAAUCCGUUUAUUGGGUCCGAGGGAGGGAUUCCGGGGUACGCCUAUGGAGGAGGCGACAUCUUCGUGGGCGGCGCGGUGCCGUUUGGUAUGGUGAAGCUGGGAAUCGACACGUUCGAAUUGCCUGUCAACCAGAGUGCACUCAAUGGCGGAUGGACGCCGAAAGGGAAGGUUACGGGGAUCAGUUUGAUGCACGAGUCAGGCACUGGGGGAGGUCCAAAGUAUGGUUUUCCGGCGCAGAUGCCGCUCACAACGAUUGAGGCGCCGGUAAAUGUAUUGGAUAAUGUGACAUACUGGCAGGACCGGGUCGGGGACGAUGCAGCGAGCGUGGGAUACUUCCGUACACAUCUUGAGUCUGGCGUUACAGUGCGGCUCUCUGCAUCGCGACAUGCGGGGCUUUAUCAAUAUGAUUAUCCCUCGACAGGCGGCAAACACGUUCUCGUGGAUUUCUCGCACUACCUCCCGCAUCCGACGCGCUCUUGGGAUUCGCAGUUCUAUACUGGUGGCGAGAUCGAGAUACAGCCAAACUCGUCUGUGUACACUGGAUAUACGUCAAUCGCAGGAGGCUGGAAUCUCGGUGCCCCCGUUACGGUCUAUGUGUGUGGAGAGUUUGACCAAAGGCCCAACAGCGCGAACGCGUUCAAGGGCAAGAACACGUUCCCAGUCAGCCGUCAUUUCCGAAGCUUCGACAACGAAACAGUCCCAGAACCAACAUAUACUGGUUCCAAGGCACGCGCUGGUCCUCUGAACAACCGUGUUGGUGCGAUAUUUUCUUGGAACAGCACCACCAAUGGAACGGCAACCGUGAAGUCACGCGUCGGCAUCUCAUUCAUGUCAGUCGAGCAGGCAUGCGCAUACAAGGAUGAUGAGCUUUCGACAUGGUCCAUCGAAGACACGGCGCAAGCCGCACGCGAUGAGUGGAACCGCGACGUCUUCUCUAAGAUCCGCGUCGACACCUCCGACAAGGCGAACAAGACGAGGCUUGCACUGCUGUAUUCCAGCUUAUACUUCACGCAUCUGAUCCCGAGCGAGCGCACGCACGAGAACCCGCUCUGGGAUUCCGAUGAACCCUACUGGGACGAUUUCUACACCAUGUGGGAUCUCUUCAGAAACCAGGUGUCGCUAUGGCAUCUGAUUCAGCCGGCAUACUACGAGUCCAUGAUCCGAUCGCUCAUCGAUAUGUUCAAGCACGAGGGAUACCUGCCUGAUGGGCGCUCUGGGAACUACAAUGGCCUCGUACAGGGCGGAUCAAACGCGGACAACGUGCUGGCGGACGCGUAUGUCAAGGGUCUCCGUGGCAAGAUCAAUUGGACAGAAGGCUACGCUGCGGUCAAGAAAGAUGCCGAAGUCCUGCCUUACUUCGAUCAGAAUCCCGUCGACCCUCAGGGAUCGCUGAAGGAUGGACGCUCAGCACUUGAUGACUGGAUCCCACUUGGCUAUGUAUCAGCUGAUCGUAACAGUCGUGCGGUUUCAAAGACAGUGGAGUAUUCACUGAAUGACUUUGCUGUGUCCCAGAUAGCAGCAGGCGAGGAACCGGGAGACCGCGAUCUGUAUCUACGUCGAUCAGCGGGAUGGCAGUUAAGCUGGGACCCAGAAGCCGAGAGUCGCGGCUUCACAGGCUUCGUCAUGCCGCGCUAUGCCAACGGGACGUUCCACAAGACGUACAACAUCACCAACUGCGGCGACUGUAAUUGGUCAGACGAGAGCUACGAAGGCACCGCUUUCGAAUACUCCUUCGUCAUCCCCCACGACGUCGCCCGCAUGAUCACCCUCAUGGGUGGCCCCGCCCACUUUGAAUCCCGCCUCGACUACGUUUUCCAGCCCAACACAUCCGGUGUCGACCUCGGCGUCAAUGGCCUCGGCAUCACCACCAUCAACAACAUCGCCAAUGAGCCCGACUUCCAGACCCCCUACCUCUACAACUACCUGAACAAGCAGUGGAAAUCGGUCCAGCGUAGUCGCCAGCUCGCCACGGACUUCUACCUCAACACGAGCAGUGGUAUUCCCGGUAACUCGGAUGCGGGCGCGCUCAACUGCUGGCUGAUUUGGCAGAUGCUGGGUCUGUAUCCCGUGGUCACGACGCCCGUGUAUUUGAUUGAGAGUCCGUGGUUUGACGAUGUUAAUGUUACGGUCAAUCAUAAUCGGACGCUGAGGAUCAGGGCGGAGGGGUUGGAUGAUGGGGAGGGGAGAGAGGGGUUCUAUGUGCAGGGUGUGGCUAUCAAUGGGCAGGAGUGGGAUAAGAAUUGGUUUGAGCACGAGGAUGCGGGUGGGAUCAUGAGCGAGGGCGGGGAGAUUGUAUUUAGGCUGGGCGCUGAGAAGAGGGUUUGGGAGAGGGGGGAGGUGCCGCCGAGUCCAGGACAUGCGGUCGUGGAUGUGGGGGGUGGGUAU